AUGGCCUAUCAUGAUGUCCAAAGUAUAAAGGGUGAGAUACAGUUUGAGCCUUCAGCCGGUCGGAUCGAGGUCAUGCACUUCGAACUAGACUCGCUAAGCUUUCUUACAUUUUCUGCCCUAUUUGGUCAACGGCAGGCCGGUCAAGAAAUUGAUAACCAGCUUCCUACCUCUUCCGCUGAUUCUAUACUAGAAGGGUCAUCUCACUACGUACAUAUUCUAGAUGGCGAGAUCGAAGAGCUGAGCGGCAAGCUUGAUGUGUAUAUCCAGAAGACAUCCAGUUUAUUCAUUGAGGGCGAACAAUCUGAUUUUAUCAGACAGACCCUUCGUCAAGCAUUAGAACUCGCCAAACAACACGAGGAUGAUAUGCUAGACGCAGCGUUGGAGUUAUGGGUAGCUACUGCAAUACUAGUGGACCCGUUCCUUAAAUGGACGGUCUAUAUGAACCCUACUCUGCCUCCGCUGGCAAACAGGCCGCUGACCUCUACAACAAACGACUCCCGGAUCCCGAUACACAGCAUGAAUCAGUUAGAAUCAUACUCGCUGAUUUGCACGCAAUUACGCUCUGCCGUCGAGAAACGAGCAGCGAGAGUGUGCAGAGUUUUGCUCAGUAAAUUUGAACAACGGCUACUUCAGAAGCAGCGGGUUGGUAGUUUUCGAACGUUUCUGGCCACUAUUAUCCUGCUUAACUGUGUUGAGAGGAUGGAAUGGCUAUUUCGAUCAUGGGAAUGCGAGCAUUAUAUUCAACGGGUGAGGUUUAUCCAGCACCACUGCUAA